AUGGCUGGGAAAGACGUUCCAAAAUUCUCAGGACUAGGAGGAGGACUCAAGAGUCAAGACAAGACUCAAGUCAAGCAAAGCAGACAAGCAAGAGCAAGAAGACUAGAAGAAGAGUCAGGAGGACUUCACUUCACUUCAGGAGCUCAGCUUGAGCGAGCUACAGAACCAAGUUGGCCUAGCAUCAUGACAGACUCAACAGAAAAUGAGAGGAGCGCUAUGUUUGUUGAUGCUGUAAGAAGUCUUGAAAAGUGUACCGAAUUGGUCAUAAAACAGCUUGAAGGCGAGGAAAGGAAAGCCCAGAUAAAGGAGCUGAAAACUGUCAUGUUGGAAUAUUGUGAUCUUGACAACAAUUGGAAGUUAGAGAAAAAAAUGUUGAGUGAAAUCGAUAGGAGUUUGGCUGAAGAAAACAAUAUCAAUAAAAUCGAUGAGGCUUACGCCAAUGUGAGGAAAAUUCAAAGUGAUGCCGACCCUCACAAACACCAGUGGUAUCUGAACUUAGAGAGGAAAAUCAAACAAUGGCUAGCUAGAGAUGAUCCAGAUAUUGACAUUGUGGACACAGGAUCAACAGAAAGUUUCCUGGAUCCCUUUACAAAACUCAUGAUGAAGGACCCUGUUAAGAACACACUUUGUUCUCAUAGUUACGAGAAGGAAUCUGUACUGACAAUGCUAAAAGCGAAAAAAGAAAUCAGGUGUCCUGUGGUCGGAUGUGCCUACAAGGGAUUUUUCAACCAACAUCAUCUAGAACCUAACAGAGAGAUGCUGAGGCAAUUGAAGAAUUCGGAAAAUAAAUAAGUCAUCUUUUUGUCCUCGUGUGUGUUAAAUGCAGUCAAAGCAAAUGAAGUGAAAAUGGUUCGUUUUCCAUAAUUUUUUACAGAUAAGUUAUGUUGAUUGUUGGAAAGUGUACUGCCCUGUAAAUCUAGUUGUGUGGACAGAGGAAAAAGGAUAUUCUGCAGUAGUCCUAGUAGUGUAUUUUUUUUUUAUUUCAUGUAAAAGAUAAAUUAUCAAAACAAUGGAUGUAUUAGAAAGUGUAAAAUAAAUGUAUGCCUAACAAAUAUAAAACUAAAAUAUAAACAGUAAAGUGCAUGCAGUGGAACCUCUCAUAUUCAGUCUCAAGGUCCCUCACUUAAAAUGAAUAAAUGAAUUUAUUUCCCAUGUAACAAAACAGUUACAAUCAUAACAGUUGAGAAAUUUAAAGUUGUCACUUUUUCAAGUAGUGUGACCAGUUAGAAAGUUAAACAUAUAUAGUAAAUAAUUAAAUCCCUUCAAGGAAUUCAAAAGGGUGAUUAGGCUAUUUCUGACGACUUAUAAUGGGAAGUCAAGCACUCCUGACAGACCAUCUGUUUUCAGUGUACACAGUGGAUUAAUUUAUAAUCACCUCUUUGGUUAUUUAUUGUUAUACUGUGUAAACAAACUCUCUGAUUCACUUAAGCAGAUAGCAGUCUUGUUAGGCAUAAUGUAAAUCAGUGGCUUUACUGUCAUGAAUGUUCCAACAAAUAACCUAAUAUAACAUUUUAGCUUCUUUUAGAUUAAAUCAACAAAUUCUACAGUGAUUUUAGGUUAGGUUUAUGAUGCCAACACACCAGGACACAUAUUUUAAAGCAAAGAUGAUGUAUGGGUGGCGAGGGUUGAUUGAAUGAAACGUCAACUUUGUUAAUUGUUGCUGACUAAGAUCUGCUGGUUUUUU